AUGCAGUCGACGCAAUUUUUAAGUAUAAAUAGACCAUCGUGGAUGAUGCGGCAUUAUUCUGCUGGUGAUUUACGAGAUUGUACAAUAGUUGAAGAAAAAAGCAUUUUGUCAUCGGAAAAUGAUAAUAAUCAAGAAUCAGACGAUGGAUUUUUAGUGUAUCAUAAGAAUUAUGAUCAAUUGCCUUCAAUUAAUAUCAUUGAUGUAGAAAAUUUCACUAAAAAACGAUCUGAUUCUGUAUCUUCAUCUGAUAAUUAUAUUUAUGGAAAUGAUGGGAAGAUUUUAAGAACAGAUAUUGGACAACUGAAAUAUGGUUCCACAAUAAAUUUUCAUGAAGAAGAUGCAUAUAGAUCGAAUUUUAAGUUACGACGUUCCGUUACUACACCGGCCAAUAGUUCCAACCGUAAAUCAUUUUCAAAAUUUAAUUUACGAUUCAGUUUUCGAGAACCACUUCAUAAACGAAAUGCGGGAAGGCUUUCUUAUAUUUUUCCUCGUGAAAUACAUGGACAUACGAGUUUAGAAGAUAAAAGUUUUUCCGAUUUUCUUGUGAAAGAAUUUCAAGAGCAAUCAAGCUCGUUAGGUCAUCACGAUGCACAUUUAUAUGAAAACAUUAUCAACGGUGAAAAAAUCGAAUUUUUUCCUCAAAUAAACAAGCCGGAAUGGGUCGAUUUAGACUUAUGGACUGAAGAACCAAUUUCGUGGUCAUCACUUCAUCCGGACAUUAAAGUAAGUAAACAAGAGCGUCGUAAACAGGAUGUGAUCUAUGAAUUAUAUUUGACUGAAAAGCAUCAUUGUCAAGUAUUAGUUAUCAUGCAACAAGUUUAUCAAGAAGGGUUACGAAUAAAUAAUAUUCUUGAUGAAACUGAUCGCGAUCAGUUAAUUCCUUGUGUGCUAGAUGCACUUAUAAAUUUUCAUAUUAAUUUUUUGCGAAAAUUGUUGCAAAAAAGAAAGCAAGAAACAGUUGUCGAUUCGAUAUCUGAAAUUAUUUACAGCGAAUUCGAGAAGGGGGAGCGCAGUGAAGCAGCGGUCUAUGCUUAUACAGAAUUUUGUUGGAAGAAUGAUCGAUGUGGUCGAUUAUAUGAUGAUUGGCGUGCAAAAAAUGCUGAUUUUCGACGAUUUUUCGAUGAGUUUGAAUCUGAUCCUUUAUAUAAACAUCGUUCAUUCAAAAUGUGUCUAUUGUUGAUAGCUCAACGACUAACAAAAUAUCCAGUGCUGGUUAAUAAGUUGAAUGAAUUGGAAAGUAAUUCGCUAAUGGAAGAAAGCAUUCGGGCUAACAUUGCUGUCAAAAAGUUCGCUAUGCUCGUUAAUAAUGAAAUAGCCAAACUAGAAAUUAACAAAAGAUGGGAAAGAAUUCGCUCGCGGAUAGAUAAAAACUCUGUGGGACGUCUAAGUCAAAAUGAUCUGUUUACUUACAAUGAUCUUAUUUUGAGUGGAAAUGAAGAGCAGAGGAGAGUCAUUUGUAUCGGUUCCGCGCUUUUGCAAAAUGCACAAAAAAAACAGUCAGAAGGAGCUAAUGUGAUAUUAAUACUUUUCGAUGAUAUUUUAAUCUUCUUGGCAAAUUCUGGUGGCAAAAAUGAGAAGUAUAUUUUCUUCGAUCGAGGCACAGCAGGGUGCUCUGUAAUUGGUUUGAAUAAACUGAUUGUUCGUGAUGCUCCUCGAAGCACAUCUCUAUUUUUCUUAGUGGCAGAUGAUCCUUGUUUCGAUCUUUUUAUAGUUAAAUUCCAAUCAAAGAGCGAUCUCGAACAGUGGAGAAAAGCAAUUGAAACAGCUAAAGAGAUGGCUCCUAAACAUGUCCGACGAGCAUUGAAAAAUACAGAAAACAGUGGUGAUUUAGAAGAGAAGAAAUAUAAUGCGGAAUUUGCAGCAUGGGAAAAGGAAUUAUGGAAAAUUUUUGAAAAGCGCAAAAAAGAUGAGAAUGAAUUAUUAAAAUAUGUGGAAAGUAGACUUGAUUGGUUCGAUACAGUUCGACUUCAUUUACGAAAAAUUCCUACUAUUGAAAGAUCGGAUCUCCGAAGAUCUGUGCCAUCAGAAAGAAUGAAAACAAUGAUAAGAAAAAAAUUCACAGAGCUGCGAUCGUCAAGACAAACUUGCCUAAGCAAAGUUGCCAAACGAGCUGAACGCUUAUUUGAAGAUGAUUUAUUAUCAUUCUUUGAUGAUGCAUACGAUGCUAAUAUUGCUGGAUCAGAUGCAAGUCACUCUACUGACCAGAGCGAAAGUGAUGAUGGACGUAUGAGGCUUCCUCGUCGUAAUCGUACAUUUAAUGGUGUCAGUGAGCGCCGUAAAAGAUACUCACUUCGCCGACACACCACAGAGCCUAAAAUUGCUGAAGGAAGAAUUGUUGAAGAGGGCGAUAGUUCUGAAACUGGAGAGGAAAUUCACAGGUUACCGCUUGGGUUGAGCUCAUCAGCACGACGUGCAGCAGUUAAUAUAAUCCGUGAAAAUGCUCGCCUAAGGGUUGAAAACAAUCAGCUCAGGAGUGAAAUUGCCUUUCGUGAGUUAAUGAUUUCCUCAAUGAAAACGAAACGUUGUACUGCCGUUCCAGCGAAUGCUUUGGAAGCUCUUCGGAAAAGGCAAAAUCAGUUACAGUCUGAAAAAUUGUCUUUCCAGUCGUAUUGCGAUGCACAGAUGGUUGAUAUUAAACAGUUAAGGGCUGAACUCAUAGAGAAAGAAAAGGAAUUAACUGUACGGGAAGACCAAUUGCAAGAACAAUGGAAUAAAUUUUAUGAAGUUAACACUAUAGAUAACGUUUCGAAACGACCUGUUGUGCCACAAAUAAUAUCAGCGAAUCAUAACGCGCCGUCUUUGCCAUCGCUUGCAAAUCGUUCUAGGGGGCCACUUGGUGAUAGAAACGAAGGUGAGCAGACGGAACGAUCCGGUGCAUUGUUACUAUAA